CCUAAAAUCUCACACAUACCAAAAUCAACUUCCUUUUUUUUUUUUUUUUUGCUUCCUCCUCCUCUCUGAUCAUUCUGAUUCCGCCGAAACUUGGUACCGAGGUGUAUUCAAUAUAGAGUCUCAUUUCUUUCCUACUCGGUCGAUCAGAGCCACCGCGGAAUCCGAAACCCCGGAGUUCCGCCAUGGAAGAUGAGUAGAUCCAUCACCACGCCGGUCAAAUUCCGCCCUCUCCAGAACCCUAGCGGCGACGGCUCCACCUCGGCCGCCGUAGUAGACGAGCACUCGCUCCACAUUCUAUGGCGCCACAAGAUUCUCGACCCCGACUCGGACCUGGUAUCCCUCUGGCACCACAUCUUCCUCGUCAUCUGCAUCGCUGCGCUCUUCAUCGACCCUCUCUACUUCUACCUCCCCUUCGUCGGCGGCGAGGGCUGCCUCUCCACCGACCACCGCCUCGCCGUCAUCGUCACCUUCUUCCGCUCCAUCGCCGACCUCUUCUACCUGUUGCACAUGAUCGUCAAGUUCCGCACCGCAUUCAUCGCCCCCAGCUCUAGGGUUUUCGGCCGCGGCGAUCUCGUCAUGGACGGCAGACAGAUCGCCAUGCGGUAUCUCAAGUCCGACUUCGUGGUCGAUCUGGCUGCCACUCUUCCAAUUCCGCAGAUUGUUAUCUGGCUGGUGAUUCCAGCAACGAACAAUGCGGGCGUUGAUCAUGCCAACAACACUCUGGCCCUUUUCGUGCUUAUUCAAUAUAUUCCUAGACUAUUUCUCAUAUUUCCUUUGAAUCAGAAAAUCGUGAAGACUACUGGGGUUGUAGCCAAGACUCCCUGGGCAGGAGCUGCGUACAAUUUGCUUCUUUUCAUGCUAGCCAGUCAUAUAUUUGGAGCCGUUUGGUAUCUAUGUGCCAUAGGGCGGCAAUUUGAAUGUUGGAAAACGGAGUGUAGUGAAGAGAAUACAAAAGUUGUGACUUGCCUCUAUAGUUUCCUGGAUUGCAAGAGUUUGGACCUACCAGAACGGGAAUCUUGGGCAAACGCCACCAAAGUGAUAAAAAAGUGUGAUGCCUCUGAUAAAAAUGCUGAUUUUAAGUUUGGAAUCUUUGACAAAGCAUUUAAGACUGAGGCUGCAAAGACGAACUUUUUUGAGAAGUACUUGUUUUGUUUCUGGUGGGGGUUAAGAAACUUAUGCUCAUACGGGCAGACUUUGAUGACGAGCACAUAUCUUGGCGAGACAUUGUUUUCCAUUGUCUUGUGCAUUUCUGGUUUGAUUCUGUUCUCACUAUUGAUUGGCAACAUGCAGACUUAUCUGCAAUCAAUGUCAAUAAAAAUCGAAGAAUGGAGAAUUAAGCAAAGAGAUACUGAUGAGUGGAUGAGGCAUCGCCAGUUACCUGAACCCUUGCAAGAACGUGUUCGUAGAUUUAUGCAAUACAAAUGGUUUGCAACACGAGGAGUUGAUGAAGAAUCCAUCUUGCAUUCAUUACCCAUCGACCUCUGCCAUGAAAUCCAGCAGCACUUAUGCCUUUCCCUUGUUCGCCGUGUCCCUUUUUUCUCACAAAUGGAUGACCAGCUUCUUGAUGCCAUAUGUGAGCGUCUUGUGUCAUCCUUGACUAUCAAAGGAACAUAUAUAGUUCAAGAAGGCGACCCAGUAAAUGAGAUGCUCUUUAUUAUCAGAGGGAAACUUGAGAGCUCCACAACCAAUGGAGGGAGGACUGGCUUCUUUAACUCCAUCAAUCUAGGACCUGGUGACUUCUGUGGUGAGGAACUAUUGACAUGGGCAUUGAUGCCAAGCUCUAGCAUUAGCAUGCCUUCUUCCACUCGGACUGUGAGAGCCCUCACUGAAGUUGAAGCUUUUGCGCUUCGAGCUGAGGACCUUAAGUUUGUUGCAAGUCAGUUCAAACGCCUUCACAGCAAGAAACUACAGCAUGCCUUUAGGUACUAUUCUCACCAAUGGAGGACAUGGGGUGCUUGCUUCAUACAAGCUGCUUGGAGAAGGUUUAAGAAGAGGAAGAUGGCAAGGGACUUGGCUAUGCAGGAGGGCUUAUACUAUUUGCAUGUACCCGGCCAAGAGGAAGAGGGUUACUACUACGACAACGAAGAACAAACAAAUCUUGUAAACUAUGACGGUGAGAGUGGUGAUAGGUCAUCGACAGGGGAGAAGUUAAGCACUUCCAUGAAUCUUGGGGCCACAUUUCUGGCUUCUAAAUUUGCUGCAAAUACAAGAAAAGGGAUUGUGCAGAAAGCUCAGCUGGUUGAUCCUGAUUCAACUAGUUUGCAGAUGCCUCGGAUGUUUAAGCCAGAUGAGCCUGAUUUUUCUGUAGAUUGACACAAAAGAUACGAUUAGUUUGUUCGAGAAUAAUCAGGGAAAAGGAAAUGAACUAACGAAACAGUAGUUAGGAACGAAGUUUUGUGAAUUGAUGUAAAAUUACUACAGGUAGACUAGCAAUGAUCAUCAGUUUCAAAUUCUUUU